GUCGUGUGCCUUGACGCGAACACGCUGACUCGGAAACCAAACAGUGAUUUCGGAUUCAAACAGAGUUACGUGUCAAUUUUGUUUGCCGAGUUUUAGAUCAGUUUGUCGCCUCCUGGUGGUUAUCCUGAUAUUGCUGACCUGCGGUCUUCCUGGUGACAGUUGCUAAGGGCAGAAAGAUGAAGGCUUUGAUUCUGGUGGGGGGUUAUGGGACCCGGCUGCGGCCUCUGACCCUCAGCAUCCCCAAACCACUGGUGGAGUUCUGCAACAAACCCAUCCUGCUGCACCAGGUGGAGGCGCUGGUCAAGGCCGGCGUGGACCACGUGAUUCUGGCGGUGAGCUACAUGUCCGAGCUGCUGGAGCGGGAGAUGAGAGUCCAGGAGCAGCAGCUGGGGAUUCGUAUUUCCUUGUCUCAUGAGAAGGAUCCUCUAGGAACAGCUGGUCCUCUGGCGUUGGCACGGCAGCUGCUGGACAUGGACAGCGAGCCUUUCUUUGUCCUGAACUCUGAUGUCAUCUGUGAUUUUCCCUUCAGCGAGCUGCAGCUGUUCCACAGGAACCACGGCAAAGAAGGAACCAUUGUGGUGACGCGUGUGGAGGAGCCUUCGAAGUACGGCGUGGUCGUGUUUGAGGCGGACGGCGGUCAGAUCAAUCAGUUUGUGGAGAAACCACAGACUUUCGUCUCCAACAAGAUCAACGCCGGCAUGUACAUCUUCAAUCCCAGCAUCCUCAGCAGGAUCCAGCUGAAACCCACAUCCAUCGAGAAGGAGAUAUUUCCUGUGAUGGCCAAAGAGGGACAACUGUAUGCCAUGGAGCUGCAAGGUUUCUGGAUGGACAUCGGUCAGCCCAAAGACUUCCUGACAGGAAUGUGUUUAUACCUCCAGUCGCUACGGCAACACGCCCCUGAGAGACUGUGCACCGGGCCCGGUUUCCUCGGAAACGUUCUGGUGGACCCGACGGCCCAGAUCGGGGACAACUGUGUCAUCGGGCCAAAUGUGUCUAUCGGUGCCGGUGUGAUCGUGGAGGACGGCGUGCGGAUAAAACGCUGCACCGUGCUGAAAGGAGCACGGAUCCGGUCCAAUGCCUGGUUGGAAAGUUGCAUUGUGGGUUGGAGUUCCUCUGUGGGCCAGUGGGUUCGGAUGGAGAACGUGACGGUGCUCGGGGAGGACGUGAUCGUGAAUGACGAGGUUUACCUGAACGGCGCCAACGUGCUGCCUCACAAAUCCAUCAGCGAGUCUGUACCAGAACCGCGGAUCAUCAUGUAGUAUCAGCUGAUGUGGCGCCUUUAUAGAAAUUACAAAAAAAAAACAACAAACACCUGUCCUGUGAAGUUGGCAAGGUCGAAUGUAUGGACAUAAAACUGAGCGCAGAAAGAAACUGCUUUUUUUAAAAAUUGUUUUUAGCCCUCUUUGGAUCCACUUUCUGUCUGUCAAAAGGGGCGUUGACAUGAGGAAUUAAUUAUCGAAAUCAAACCCGUCACUUUGACGCUAGUUGAACUUUUAAUUGUUUGCUGGCAGUUUGAGGACAUGCCCACAACCAAUGGUUAACGCCCAAUGAGAGUGCUGCUUUAGGUGAAGAAAAGGCGGGCUGGUUUUGAAACUGUGGCAGGACUGAAGGUGCAGCAUGGUGAGUCCAAAUGAACUCAUUGGUCAGAUGGUCACAUGACCUCAGGCCAGAAUAGAAGUAUAGCCUUGGUAGGUACACUGUGACGCCUGUUCUUACCGUGUGGGGCCACGGUGUCAUAUUACAUUGACAUGUUUGAUGUUUUUCUCAUCUUUGUGUCUGUGUUAAAGUUUUAAACAUCACCACUAGGGGGCAGGAAAGAUACAAAUCUCAUUGGCUGCUGACUCGUACCAUCUCACCACCCGCCAGACUGUUCUGGGCCAAGUGGCCAGGAUGUGAGACAAACCUAUUUGUGGUGGGCGGGGCUUGUUUAGAUUGCUGCUCCACUGCAUAGUGUCGGUGUACGUGAUUAGCAUAAAGCGAUUGUAAAUCGUAAAGCGAUCACGGUGACCAGAAUCAUGGUGUAGACUAUUAAUUGUUUGCCAAAAACACUAAAUUGGGAUGCAAGUGUUUUGUGUUCCUGUUUUUCAUAUUUUCAUUGAGCAGUGAAGUGAUUUAGAUUCUUCACCUCAAACUCCACCUUCUCUGGUCACAUGACAUGCAGAGGAGGUGUAAUGAACAUCUUACACACGCUAAGAAUCAAAACCUAAAACUAAUCCAGUACCUCCGUGUCUUAGUAUAGUUAGUAUAAUUACUAAAGCUAACAAAGAACCAGUUUCUUAAUUUACUGUCUGAUUUCUUAAUUCAGUAUUUACAGUUUACAGUUGUCUUGCAUGUUAAGAAUCUUAGUGCAAACAAUGUGUGCUCCGGGCACGUUGUGUUUGCACUCACCAUCUUAAUACAUGUUAUGUUUCUGCUAACAUUCUGAUGUUAAGAUCAGUGUUUCCUGCUGGCUUGGGGUGACCAUCAGAGCCAGCAGUUUGAUGCUAAUGUUGUUUUUAAAACGUGCACGGAGAGUUUUUGUGGCUGUGUUGCAGCUGAUUGGUUCAUACUCAACUACUCUGUAAUCAUCCUCUGAAUGUGGAUUUGCUAAACAUCUUGAUGUUAGUGCAACAGUUUGUCAUUAACAGUGACACGUCUCACUCUGGACUAUAAAUCCGCACACUUUUCUCCAAUGGAACAAACAAUAAUGAGAAUUGAUGAAGACACUGAGCUCUGGUUCGGUGCAGUGGUUCGGUUUUAUCUAAACAGCAUUUAAUAAAAUGAAUGUGUGAACAUUGUUAAUGGAUGAAGUCUAAUCGUGUUAUGAAGGUCUUCUUUUGUUUUUGUUUGUUUUAAGAGAUUAAUAUAAUCUACUGAACACAUCU